AUGGGUGUAGUUAGUCAAAUUGAUGUUGCAUCUAAGAAACAAUUGAUUGGUGUCGGUGUUGCAAGUGCUGUCAUCUUGCUGAUCGCCAUCAUUGUUGGUGCCACUGGUCCAAAUGUAUAUGACAGCAUUGAACAGUCUGCAUAUCAAUGUACCAAUGGAUCACAUAUAUGGGAUCCAGAGAGUUGUGAAGGUUUCCAACCUGCUUCAACUCCAAAUGCACAAUGGACAACAGAGAUUUCCAAUAUUAAUCAAUUGACUAGAUUCUGGGCGAUUUCAGUUACACCCUAUAGCAAUAACCUUCAGAAUCAAACAGAUUUGUCACUGCAACUGUUUGUACAGGUAUAUGGUGGUCAAAAUAACAAACCACUCUACAAUACAACAACUGUCGCCAAGAUAAUGUGUGACACUGGCUAUUCUGAAUGCACCUCCUUUACAUUGGUCGACGAGGAAGUGUUACUCUACGAUCAAUACAUCGUAUCAAUAGGAUUGCUCAAUGGACAAAACAUUGUUGGUGACGUUGUAUUCACCGUUUGGAGAGCACACGAGAAGUUCUCUUCUUUUGAAAUCGCAGUUCAUCUCUCUUGGAUGAUUAUUUCAUCGGUUGGUAUCAUCCUUUACCUCUUCUUUAUGAGAAAAUACGUCUCUACCAAAUGGUCACUCGAACAGAAAUUCCUAUUCAUCUUAUUAUUAUCUUUGGUAUUAUCAAAUAAUCCAUUCUUUGGUUUCCAAUUUAUUUCACAAAGUGCAUUCUUCCCAUUUAUCAAUUCAUUGUUUGCAAUCCUUUUCUUGGCAGCAUUUUCAAUGUAUUCAUUGGUUAUUUUGGAUCGUAUGAGGUUGGAAAGUGUAGAAAAUCACAUGGGACCAGGUUAUCUACUUAAAGGACUACUUGUACUCUUAUUCUCUGUAUUAGGUACAACACUAUUUACCUGGAUCAAUUUACGUGAUAGAAAAGAUCCAAUUUUAGGACCAGCAACAGCAGUGAGUGGAAUUCAAAUCCUAUUUUACUUUGUAACAACAUCAUUCGUUGCUAUUUUACUUUGGAUUUCAAUGUUGGUCGUUAUGACUGCACCAACCAUUGCGAACAGAAAAUUCUUGAUUCCAAAGUUCUUGUUCACAGCAGCACCGAUUUCAAUCUACGUAAUUUCUUUACUAGCUGGUAUUUUCGCUGGAACAUUCGGUCCAUUAAAUCCCGAUGCUCUCUCAACCAUGUAUUUUACAACACUCAACAACGUAUUCGCCAUGAUCAUAGCCUACUCCUAUUGGCCAAGAGAAAGUGGUAACAACACAAAUAACAACGCAAACGAAGAAGAACAAAAAUUAUUCGGAGAUGAUGAACAACUUUAA